AUGGCGACCUGGUGGCUUCGUUCUGGGAACCUGGCCCGCUUUUGCCAAAAGCUCAACCGGGUGAAGACUCUGCAAGAUGACCUCAUGGAGACCUCCCUCAACCGUUGCUUGACCACAGUCGAUCUGACGCUGCUGGGCAUUGGCGGGAUGGUGGGCUCCGGCCUUUAUGUGCUCACUGGCACCGUUGCUAAAGAGACAGCUGGACCGGCCAUCGUAGUGUCCUUCAUCAUUGCUGGCAUCGCCUCUCUGCUGGCCGCCCUCUGCUAUGCGGAGUUUGGGGCCCAGGUGCCCAAGACGGGCUCUGCGUACAUGUUCACCUACGUCUCGAUGGGCGAGAUCUGGGCCUUCCUCAUAGGUUGGAAUGUCGUUCUGGAGUACAUGAUUGGUGGAGCAGCUGUUGCCAGAGCCUGGAGUGGCUACCUGGAUUCCAUUUUUGACCACAGGAUCAAGAACUUCACAGAGGUCCAUGCUGGCACUUGGCAAGUACCCUUCCUGGCCCAUUAUCCGGACUUCUUGGCAUCGGGCAUUGUGCUCAUAGCCACGGCCUUCAUUUCCUUCGGGGCCCGAUUCUCCUCUUGGCUCAACCAUGUCUUCUCGGCCAUCAGCAUGGGAGUCAUUCUCUUCAUCCUGGUGAUGGGAUUCAUCCUGGCCAGGCCCCAGAACUGGGGCGCCAGUGAAGGAGGGUUUGCCCCGUAUGGCAUCUCCGGGAUCAUGGCCGGCUCAGCCACGUGCUUCUACGCCUUUGUGGGCUUUGAUGUUAUUGCCACGUCCAGCGAGGAGGCCCGGAACCCGGAAAAGGCCAUUCCCAGGGCCAUCGCCAUCUCACUGAGCCUUGCCACCGGAGCGUAUAUCCUCGUGUCCGUGGUGUUGACGCUGAUAGUGCCCUGGCAUUCGCUGGACCCUGAUUCAGCCUUGGCUGACGCCUUCUACAAGAGGGGUUAUUCCUGGGCAGGUUUCAUUGUGGCCGCCGGUUCCAUUUGUGCCAUGAACACGGUUCUUCUCAGCAACCUCUUCUCCCUGCCCCGGAUUGUCUACGCCAUGGCAGAGGACGGGCUCUUUUUCCAGGUGUUUGCCCGCGUUCACCCACGCACACAGGUGCCUGUGGUGGCUAUCGUGGUGUUUGGCUUCCUCAUGUCUGUCCUCUCGCUCAUCUUUGACCUGGAGGCCCUGGUCCAGUUCCUGUCCAUUGGCACACUCCUGGCCUACACCUUUGUCGCAGCCAGCGUGAUCAUCCUGCGCUUCCAGCAAGGCAAAACUGAAGCCCAGGAAGCCCCUGGGAGGACCGAGGCCAUCCCAACAUCAGAUGAGGCCGCGGGCACCACCGAACCCAAGGAAUACGAGUCUUUCUCAGAUAAGCUGCAGUUGGUGGGCAAAGAGAAAGCAGAGAGGUUGCGUGAACCAGGGCAGCUGAAGGCAGCCUUUGAACCCUACCUGGAGUUCCUCAGUGAUUUCUACCCUGGCGAAGUGGUCAGCGUGUCCGUGGUCGUCCUCAUGGUGUCAGCCCUCUGCUUGACAUCCAUCCUGGUCUUUGGGAAGACACAGCUCCAGCUGCCCACCUGGAGUUACACCUUGCUCAUCCUGCUCUCCAGCCUGGCUUUCACUGGCAGCCUUGUCCUCAUUGGCGUCCAUGAGCAGAAGCAGGCCACCCAGACGUUCCAGCUUCCGCUGGUGCCGCUGACGCCUGCCCUGAGCAUUUUCAUCAACCUCUUCCUCAUGCUGAAGCUCAGCUACAUGACCUGGCUGCGUUUCUCCAUCUGGUUGGUGGCAGGCCUGCUGGUCUACUUCAGCUACGGCAUCUGGCACAGCAAAGAGAACCUGCGAGACUCCCCAACACAGGACGUCCGAGCCCGAUACGUGGUCUUCCCUAGCAGCAGCCUGGAGGAGACGGUGCAGCCCGUGCAGCCCAGGACGGAGCCAGCCCAGGGCCUGACAGAGGCCCAGGACAGUGGUGAAGAAGCCAAGAGAUGA